UUUUUUGAAAUUUUAGGUGGUCUCUUAUUACCUCCCUCAGUGAUUUUGUCACUAAUAUAAUGAGGAAAACGGACGACGGAGGAAAAUGGUGAGGAAGAAACAAUUUUAUGACCUUCCAGAAUAUAUAUUUUGUGGGAAGAAAGGUCCGACGGCCGCGUGCUCUCCCUCUGACGAAUCCAUGUCAAUGCUUUUGCUUUAGGGUUUCUGCGUCUCCUUCAAGCACUCAGAAAUAGCUAUGGCAUGGUUUAGAGCUGGUUCCAGUUUAGCGAAGCUUGCUGUUAGGAGAACUCUAUCUCAGGCUGGAUCAUACACCUCAAGAACACUGAUCCUUCCUUCGCAUAAUCGUUAUUUUCAUACUACAGUCUUUAGAUCAAAGGCACAAGCUGCACCUGUCCCUCGGCCUGUGCCCCUCUCUAGGCUAACUGAUAGCUUCUUAGAUGGGACAAGCAGUGUCUACCUAGAGGAGUUACAAAGGGCUUGGGAAGCUGACCCAAGUAGUGUUGAUGAGUCGUGGGACAAUUUCUUUAGAAAUUUUGUUGGCCAAGCUGCCACAUCCCCUGGAAUUUCGGGCCAAACUAUACAAGAGAGCAUGCGUUUGUUGUUGCUUGUGCGAGCAUACCAGGUUAGUGGUCACAUGAAAGCUAAGUUGGAUCCUUUGGGUCUUGAACAACGGCAAAUUCCUGAGGAUUUGGACCCUGGUCUUUAUGGAUUCACAGAAGCUGAUCUUGAUCGGGAAUUUUUCCUCGGGGUUUGGAAGAUGGCUGGGUUUUUGUCUGAGAAUCGUCCUGUGCAGACCCUUAGAGCAAUACUGACCCGUCUUGAGCAGGCAUACUGUGGGAGCAUUGGAUAUGAGUACAUGCACAUUCAAGAUCGGGAGAAAUGUAACUGGUUGAGAGACAACAUUGAAACCCCCACACCAAGACAAUACAAUCGCCAACAUCGCGAGGUUAUCCUUGAUAGGCUUAUAUGGAGCACGCAGUUUGAAAACUUUUUGGCCACUAAGUGGACUGCAGCAAAGAGGUUUGGGCUCGAAGGUGGGGAAACUCUGAUUCCAGGGAUGAAGGAAAUGUUUGACAGAGCAGCAGAUCUUGGGGUUGAGAGCAUAGUUAUUGGGAUGUCUCACAGAGGAAGACUUAAUGUUCUGGGUAAUGUUGUUCGAAAGCCACUGCGCCAGAUUUUUAGUGAGUUUAGUGGUGGUACAAGGCCUGUGGAUGAAGUUGGGCUUUACACAGGAACUGGUGAUGUCAAGUAUCACUUGGGAACUUCAUAUGAUCGUCCAACUAGAGGUGGGAAGAGAAUUCAUUUAUCUUUGGUUGCAAACCCUAGUCACUUGGAAGCUGCAGAUCCGGUUGUGGUUGGAAAAACUAGAGCUAAACAAUAUUACUCCAAUGAUGUGGAUAGAACAAAGAACAUGGGCAUUUUGAUUCAUGGGGAUGGGAGCUUUGCAGGACAAGGUGUAGUUUACGAGACACUACAUCUAAGUGCUCUUCCAAACUACACUACUGGUGGGACUAUACACAUUGUGGUGAACAAUCAAGUUGCUUUUACUACUGAUCCAAGAUCAGGGAGAUCUUCUCAGUAUUGUACUGAUGUUGCCAAAGCAUUGGAUGCACCCAUUUUCCAUGUAAAUGGUGAUGAUAUGGAGGCAGUUGUUCGUGCAUGUGAGCUUGCAGCAGAGUGGCGCCAGAAUUUUCAUUCAGAUGUCGUAGUUGAUAUAGUGUGUUACCGUCGUUUUGGUCACAAUGAGAUUGAUGAACCAUCCUUUACACAGCCUAAAAUGUACAAGGUAAUCCGUGAUCAUCCCUCAUCUCUUCAGAUUUACCAGCAGAAACUUUUGGAAUCUGGGCAGGUGACACAGGAAGACAUUGAUAAGAUACACAACAAGGUAAAUAAAAUCUUAAAUGAAGAAUUUUUGGCGAGCAAAGACUAUGUCCCUAAAAAAAGGGAUUGGCUUUCGGCUUAUUGGUCUGGGUUCAAGUCACCUGAACAAGUUUCACGUGUUCGAAAUACUGGGGUCAAACCUGACAUCUUGAAAAAUGUUGGCAAAGCAAUCACAGCUCUUCCAGAUAACUUCAAGCCCCACAGAGCAGUAAAGAAGAUUUUUGAACUGCGUGCACAGAUGAUUGAAACUGGGGAGGGCAUUGACUGGGCUGUUGGGGAAGCACUUGCUUUUGCAACAUUGCUAGUAGAAGGUAACCAUGUUCGGUUGAGUGGUCAAGAUGUUGAAAGGGGUACAUUUAGUCAUCGGCAUGCUGUUGUCCAUGAUCAAGAAUCAGGCGAGCAGUACUGCCCCUUGGAUCAUGUUAUAAUGAACCAAAAUGAGGAGAUGUUCACUGUAAGCAACAGUUCUCUAUCAGAAUUUGGUGUUCUUGGAUUUGAGUUGGGUUACUCAAUGGAAAAUCCCAAUGCUUUGGUAAUGUGGGAAGCUCAAUUUGGUGAUUUUGCUAAUGGAGCUCAAGUGAUCUUUGAUCAGUUUUUGAGUAGUGGGGAGUCAAAAUGGCUGCGUCAAACUGGGCUUGUUUUGUUGCUUCCUCAUGGUUAUGAUGGUCAGGGCCCUGAGCAUUCAAGUGCGCGAUUGGAGCGUUUCCUUCAGAUGAGUGAUGAUAAUCCCUAUGUUAUUCCAGAGAUGGAUCCGACUCUCAGGAAGCAGAUCCAGGAGUGCAAUUGGCAGGUUGUGAAUGUGACAACGCCUGCUAAUUAUUUUCAUGUUCUUCGGCGUCAGAUACACAGGGAAUUUCGUAAACCUCUCAUUGUGAUGUCUCCAAAGAACCUGCUUCGGCACAAAGACUGUAAAUCAAAUCUAUCUGAAUUUGAUGAUGUCCAAGGUCACCCAGGUUUUGACAAACAAGGGACCAGGUUCAAACGCCUUAUAAAGGACCAGAACAAUCACUCUGACCUCGAGGAGGGUAUCAGGCGGUUGAUUCUUUGUUCAGGAAAGGUUUAUUAUGAACUUGAUGAAGAGAGAAGAAAAGUCCAUGGCAGUGACAUUGCAAUCUGCAGGGUUGAACAACUUUGCCCCUUCCCUUAUGAUCUAAUCCAGCGAGAGCUGAAGCGUUACCCAAAUGCUGAGAUUGUUUGGUGCCAGGAAGAGCCAAUGAAUAUGGGUGCAUACAGUUACAUAGCACCCCACCUCUGUACUGCCAUGAAAGUAAUGGACAGGGGAACUAUGGAUGACAUCAAAUACAUUGGCCGAGCUCCUUCUGCUUCUACGGCCACUGGGUUCUUCCAGAUGCACGUGAAAGAACAGACUGAGCUUGUCCAGAAAGCUGUCCAGCCCGAACCCAUCAACUAUCCUUGAUGAAGUCUUUUUAGAGGAUUUAUUGAGAAUUAAUUUGGAAAAAGAAAGAAUAACGAGACAUGGAAGAUCCACGUCGCCUGUUAAAACCCUCCUGGGAAGUUUUCUGUUGAUUAAGGUUUCAUUUCUGCCCUUUUGCUAUUGACAAAAAGUCAAAAACUGAUGAUAUUUGCUCUUUACGCCCUUUACCUUUUGCUAUUGACAAAAACUGAUGAUAUUUGCUCUUUCGGCCUCUUAUGCAAGUUUUUAUGUUAUGGAGGGAAACUGAACAGGGUUUGUAGAUUUGUUUUUUGUUUGCUCUACAUAUAAUAAACAGUUUGUAUCCAUAUCAUAAUUCCAUGUACCUUUCUUCCUCUUUACUACAA